GAUACCCAAUUAUGAAGAAAAACAAUAAGUAAUAUCCUUCUUCAAAUAACGAUCUCAGAAUAUUUUGAGGUAACGUUAUUAGAUGUUUGGGCCAUAUGAGGCCUAUAAUUUCCUACCAAAUCCACAUAAACUGAAAACAAAUGUAGCGAGCCAAAUUACAUAGCAAAAUAUUUCUCCAACUUUUGCACAUCAAAAAAGUUCUGAUUAGUCUUAAGUAUGGCUUUUCUAGGGAAAUUAAUUUCACGGUAUUAUUGAAAUGAGGGCUCUAUAAAUAUAAGCAGUUCUGACUCUUUUUGAGUUGUUACAAUCAAGAAAGACUUGGCUAUGCCACAAACAAUACAAGAGUCAUUCAGCCUGAACUUGAAAUUAAUGAAAUUAAAUGGAUAUGACCCAAUAAAAUUAGGGAAAAACUGUUGGUAUGAUGUCUAUGGCAACAUCCUCUACAUUUUUUCUGCAUGGCUGUUCUCAAUACUCGCUGCUCUAGUGCCAACCCAAAAGGAAAACCUAAACAUGGAUAUUCUUUUCGACACCCUGUAUCUGCUACCACAAAUGAUGAUAUUGACUGUAAAAGUCGUUCCUUUUCUGUAUAGAAAGCAGAAAGUUAACAAUCUUCUUAACAGAUUUUAUAAGGAUGAUUUUCUGCCGAAGUUACCAGAGCAUGAAGCCAUUGUUGAAAAUUGUAGCCGGGAGUGCAAAAACCUCUCAGCAUUUUUCAUUUAUUCUUCGUCGGUUUCAUGGCUCCUGUGGGUGACAAAACCCUUUUAUACGAAUGAACAAAUAUUGCCCUAUGAAAUAUAUUUGCCGUUCGAGAUGUCAACUGGAAACUUUGUGUAUUAUAUCAUUUAUCUUUAUAUAUCUCUGAGUGUUCUCUAUGGGGCGACAUCUAAUUCCUCCAUAGAUUGCUUGAUAUCGGGAAUGAUCUAUCAUGCUUCCGGGCAGAUAAAAAUCCUGAAAGAUAAACUCUCCAACGUGGGCCGCAGGGCCGAUGACUAUGUCUCCCACAUCCAGAACGAGAAGGAGAAAAAGAAGAGCAGAAAUGUUUUCAUAUCGCGGCGAAUGCGAGAAAACCUGGACCACUACGAUAAUAUUAUAAGUUUCGUGAAGGAAUUAGAGAAUGUUUUUACAUCAACUCCUUUCAUUCAACUUUGCGUCGGCACAAUAGUAAUUUGCUUGACCUGUUUUCGAAUGAUAUAUAUCGAUCCAAUAAGCACGAAUUUCUUUUUUCUGGUUCUCUUCUGUAUAACAAUCGUGUUCCAGAUAUAUAUGUUCUGCCAUUUUGGAAAUGAACUUAAUUACGAGAGUUCUUCCAUUGGAAAUGCGAUAUAUAUGAGCGACUGGUACACCUUUGACAGUGAAGCUAGGAGAAUGGUGUUAAUGCUGAUGGAAAGAGCAAAGAAGCCACUGAUUUUCAAGGCGGGAAACCUCCUUCCGCUUUCCAUUGGGACCUUCGUCUCGAUAAUGGAAACAACGUAUUCUCUGUUGGCCGUUCUGCAAAAUAGAAAAUGAAUAUGAACCAUGAUUAAUUUUAAACUUUAGAGCUUUUUCUUGUUCCAAUAUAGUUUGA